ACCCUCGCUCAUCUCAUAUCAGCCGGUUUGAGGUUUGGCAAUGCGGCCGUCGCUGGUGGUGCCGUGGUAGCUGGGCUGUCUGGCUGUCUGCUGUGUCGUGUCGUGUCGUGUCGUGCCGCGCCCGCAGUCUGGUCUGGCGCAGGAACCUCUCCGCCGGCUCGUAGGGCAGAUUGAUUCAUACAUGCCUUCAGACAUGCAUACAUACAUUGGACCUAGCGACUCGAAUCUAUUGAUUUAUAUUGCCAUUCGGCCCAUCUCGCUGGCUCUGCGGUCCAUGUAGCGGGUGCGCAGAUGAUUGCUAAUUUUUUUUGCUCUUCUUUUCUUGUUGUUGUUGUUGUUGUUGUUGUUGUUGUUGUCCACAAAACAUCAAACACGCGACUCAACUUUGAGAGGGAGAUUGAGUUGAAAAAAAAGCAAGGACCACUGUCUCGCACGCGUGUAAAACACACAGCCAGCCAGGAUGCGAGUGCCAAGUGUGCCAGAGUGUAGCGUCGACCAUCUGGCCUGCAAUCCCCCGUCUGUCUGUCUGUGUGUCUGUCUGUCUGUGUGUCUGUCUGUCUGUUUGGACUGUGUACAUGUACGCUGGUUGGUAUACCAAACAAGUACAUACAGUGCUGACUACAUGUAUGUAUGCACCUCAGUCUGAUAUUUCCCUCGGACUCCGAACCCACACACACAACAGCGUGGUUCCCCAUUUUGCCGAUUAGCUUCUUCUCGAAGGCCCACCGAAGCCUUCCCAACCGGGCCAGGCCAGGCCAGGGUCCCCGACUGCACAGUUGCCCACUGCUCUACUCUACUCUACUCUUCUCUGCUGACUCUGCUGUGCUGUCGUGCCCUGAGGCUUUUCGGUGUGUGUCGUGCUUUCUGCCCCGCCCCGUUGACUGACAUGUCUCAUCAUCGCCUUCAUUAUUAUAAUUAUUGCUAUCAUCAUCCACAGCGCAACCGCUUGUCAGUGAGCUUUGCCAGUCUCCAUGUAUCAUCAUCCCAAUAGCCUUUCCAACAAACCUAAUCGACUACCCCGCCAUCACUCUCACUCACUCACUCACUCACUCACACACCCAGUUGGCAGAGCCAGGCCAGCCAGCAAACUAACGCACGUAAUCCCCCCCAUUCCAUGCCAUCAAUGCCAUCCAUCCAUCCAUCCAUUCUCCGUCGUGGGUUACUCUCCGCGUCCUGCCCAACCCAGCGGGUGGUGUGGUUCGGUGCCCGUCUCCAGCCCCCCAUAGGCCACACCAGCCCAGCGGCCAACCGGGUCGACCGCAGAGCCCUGGAGACAGACAGACGGCCCCAGCCGAUGGCCAGGUCCAGCGCCAGCCCUAGCCGUCCGUUGGGUCCAUCGCCAGUCUCGUCUUUCCAUCGUCUCUCUACAUCAUACACAUACACUCAUGUACCUUCGCCUACCGAUGUACCUGCAGCCCCCGUCGCAUGAUACACACGCUCCCUUGGACCAAUGUCUGCUUGCUUGCUGCUCCCUCUUGUGGUGCAUUGCUUUGCUUUUGCAUCUACGGAAUUCAUGCCUCUUUCGGCCUCCAGCACAGGUAUAUUGAAUGCGCAAUGCCGUGCCUGGGGGGGUUCGGCCGCCUGCCCGUGACGCCAAAGCUUACUUGCUUGCUUGCUUGCGCAAUGCCAUCCCAAACCCAAUUUGAUAAAUCAAAGACACCCAUGUCAACAAUCUUGCAUCUCCUCCAUCCACACCACAAUCCAAGCCCGAGUCUAGCGCUCACUGCUUCAUCACCUACCGCUCUUGCUUUCUGCUUGGCCCACCCUCCAUCUCGCCCCGUUCUAUCCGCAACCGCCCGUGACAAUCGCGAUCGAGGAUGGCAUGGACAUGCAUGCAUGCAUGCAUACAAGCAUCAUCUCAGGCAACCACUCCGACCUAUUGCCCCGGACGCUGCAUUUGGAAUAUCUCGGGGGGAUCAACUCACCACUGACGUAAAUGGUGCCUAGUCGGUUACUUUCUUUCCUCCCCGUUGGAACAUGUCCAACAAGUACAGUCACCCGUUGUACAUGUAAGAACUAAGCGUCUGCACAGAACGGUGUGUUGCUGGUCGUCAUUUGCUUACCUUGCUCCUCCUUUCUCCCCUCUACUCUCUACUCUUCUGCUUACAUUCUCACCCCAUGACGUACCCAAUGAGCCCCCCCGGCCAUUUAUUUCUCCAUUCUGAGAAACGGUGACAACGGCAAAGCCAUGGCGCGGGGCCAAGGGGAGAGCACGAUUCACACCUCUCUAAUCCCCAAACCUAAACCAUACCACCGGAGUCUCCCCCACCAUCCACCAUGUCUUGCCUACUGGAGAAAUCAAGCUAGUUGGCUGGUCUUACGAUAGUCCUCCCUCGCUUUCUCUAACAGACCAUCCAACCUCUCUUCUCGCCUAUGCAAGCAAGCAUCGUCUUGCCAUUCAUCCAAUCUAUCGUUUCAGAAACAAACGGUUGAAAUGAUGAACAAACGGGCAGGAAAGCGCUAUUGUUUUGCGGAAGUGCCGCCGGUUGUGGGGGUUGAUUGAUUUGAAAGACCGCGGAAUGCCUGCUUUCUGUCCUUUCCUAAACACACACACACACACUUUCUCUCUUUCUCUCUCAUUCCAUCAUGGGAGACGUUGGGAAACCAAGCAUGUCUCGGUGGAUGUGAUGGCACAUGAUCUGUCUUGCGAGUGCCGCUUACAGUACCCGUUCCCAAGUGCUCAAGAAGUCAAAAGACAGGCAGAUGUACAAAGCAGUAAUGUAGGCGCACGCAGGAUCCUCAUUUUCUAUUCAAGUGUCUGUAUGCAUAUCCAAAUGCACAGGCUGCCAUAUGUUGCUCCCGUGAACGUCCAUCAGAGUUCCAUCGAUACGCUGGUUUCCAAUCUGCCUUCUUUCAGGCCGUUUGCCAGCGCUCCUAGAGUCCCGAAACAACCUUCACAUGUGAUAGUGUUGAUCAUGUGCCACCCAUCCCCCGCUGCACAAUUCGCCGACCUGCGA